GUUUCACGGUGUCGCCGGACUUCUCACAUAGAUAAAGCUCAACGGUAUGAUCUUGCGUUCGACGCGGAUUGGUGUCCCUCACAGGCGUCUCAUCUUGGUGAGCGGAUAUGUCAAGCGAAAAGGCCAUCAAACUGUUUGACAUACGCUCGACGUUGACUCCACAAGCAUGGUCACCUCAUGUUUGGAGAACAAGAUUUGUGCUGAACUUCAAGAGACUACCCUAUGUUACGGAAUGGGUGGCAUACCCUGACAUCACCGAGGUGCUUACCGAAGUAGGCGCGCCACCGACACGCACGACAGAACCACUGUACACUCUACCGGCAAUUGUUGAUGCCAUGACUGAUUCGCCAGUCAUCAUAUCCGACUCAACCGCUAUCGCGGACUACCUCGAGGAUACAUAUCCAGAGCCAUCAAUCUAUCCUCAUGGUAGAGAAACUCAACUGUCGUAUGUUGCCAAGAUCGGGCAGUUGGUCGCGAUACCAAUGGCGUUUAUUGUCGUCCCAAAUACGAUGAAGAUACUGCCGCAAGGCCGUGAUGUGGAGUACUAUGUCGGCUCGAGGAAGGGAAUAUUCGGUAUCGACUUGGAUGAUAUGUACAACUCAAAGAACGAGGCGGAGAGAUGGCAGCAGCUGGAGGGAGGGCUCGAAGAGCUGUCUACCAUUGUGGAAACGAUUGAGCACGGAGAUCGAUGGCUGUUCGGGACGGCCGAAGGACCAGGGUACGCUGACUUUGUUCUUGCGGCUGCCUUCGUCUGGUUCAGAAACGCAGGCCCCGAAGAUGGGUGGGAGAGACUUAGAACCAUGAACGGCGGUAGAUGGGAGAGGUUCUUCAAGAGUGCCCUAGAAUACAUGCAAGUGUUGUAAAAUCACUCGGAUCGUAACACCAAUCGAGCAUGAUAAGUAUCGCAAAGCUAUACUCGUAUUCGUUACGUAGUUUCUAGCGAAGCCCUGUGGUCACGUAGACGCGUUCCAAAAC